GAGGUUGACAGAAAGAAUAUUAAUAAACGAGAGUUCUAGAUGACAGGUGCAGACAUGUCAACUUAACCUUACAGACUUAAAUUAAACUAAACUAAACACUGCUGGUAUUCAAGUACACUGCAUUCAGUUCAUCAAGCAGCUACUGUAAUUUUCCGUAACUGAAACAGCGCACAGCAAUCUUACAAAAUAAAGGCACACACUGGGGGUUGUUUACAUCGCUAAGCCCCGCCCCUAGCUUGUUCUGACACGUGUCAAUCAACCGGAGCCUUGAUCUGGAUGACGUGCGGUGACGUCACGCUCAGAGCCGGGGGGAAGGUGGACGGACAGAAUGGCGACCCAGUGCCGGAGCUCCAGAUGCACGGCCGAAAGAAAAGGAUUCCGGCGGGAACUCGACUCAUGGCGACACAAACUCAUCCACUGUGUCGGGUUUGAAAGUAUACUGGAGGGAAUAUAUGGACCAAGGCUGCAGCAAGAUCUCAAUAUAUUUGAUGAGUGUGAACCAGAGGCUGUGGAUGAUUGGUCCAUGAAUGCAAACUGCUCUUUUUGCAACCUGCAGCUAGAGAAACUGAAUGACCACCCUGCUGUGGCCGUGCCUGGCUCGCCACCCCCUGCUGAAACCCCCCCACCUCAGGGCCUGUCCACCUCUGAUAAACUCCAGUGCCAAGCAGACCGAUUCCUCAAUGCUAUAUUUCGUAAGAAGGAAUUCCCUCAGAGCUGUGAUUCCAGCAUACCGUUGGUGGCACAGGAGUUGAUGCGCAAGAUGAUUCGGAGGUUUGCCUUAGAGUAUGCGUGUAAAAGCCAGGCUCACGAGGGCUUGAAUGGCCUAAGUGACACCUCUGAACUUCUCCCUCAUCAACCGGAUGCUGAUGGGCCUCUGGACCUCACCAUCAGCCGAGCUUCUCAGGCCCUGCAAGUUGAUGGAGUACUUGACCUCUCUAAAAAAAAUGCAUCAGCAGAAAAUGAAACUACUCAAAGAAAGGUUUCAGGGAGACCAAUCAGAGAGGACUAUUUGGAUCGCAGCUCUGAGUUUGCAGAAGGUUUGCUCUCUAAAGCCUUGAAAGAUAUUCGGUCUGGAUCACUGGACAUUCACAAAGCAGCCAUAUUAUACGGGAUACCUCAGAAAACCUUACAGUUUCAGACAGAGGCCUUAUUGCCAGAGUGGAAGGCAGGGGAACCAUCGAUUUUUGGCGACAGUGGCAGGGGCAAAGAGGCGGUGUGCCCAACCAAUGACACUCGACUCGUCCUGCAGAAGGUAGCAGCAUGGGCUCGCUCGCAGUCAGAGCAGUCCGAAGUAAGAAAAUGCAAAUUUACAUCACCAGAGCACACCGAGCUAAAGUUCCCAGCAGCCGUGACUGCCUCGUCAUACCUUCACCACUUAACCUUGCAGAGGAUGGUCUCGCAGCUACGGGAGCAGAACGACGGGCCUUUCGCCAGUACCGAGCCAGCUACAUCUCCUCAGAGUCCUGCCACUGGGCCAGCUGUGCACAUUCGAAUCCCUCAGGUACGCUUCAGUGCUCAGCCCAAAGCCCAGCUGGAUCUGGCUGGCCUGGUGGAUGCUGUUAACCAAGCCAAUAAAGCCUCUGAUGGCUCCACUGCUUUCCACAAGCUGAAGACCAUUCUCCCUAAACAGGGCUUGAUCGAAAGCCACUCGGGCCUCGAGUCACGUCUACUCCAGGGUGACCUGCCUCCACUGUGUCUGAACAUGAAGAACGGGAGCGUUGGCGGGAGCGUCACUGGAAGUGUGGUUGACUCCGGAGAUGAUGACCGUCGAGACAAGCAGCCACGGAAAAAGCGGGGCCGUUAUCGGCAAUAUGACCACGAUAUCCUGGAGGAGGCCAUAGCCAUGGUGAUUAGUGGGAAGAUGAGCGUGUCGAAAGCUCAGGGCGUCUAUGGGGUGCCACACAGCACCCUAGAGUACAAAGUCAAAGAGCGAACGGGCACGCUCAAGACCCCACCAAAAAAGAAGCUCCGCCUUGCUGAAGCAGCAACCUCAGGCUCCGGAAAGUCAGGGACAACAACCAAUGCCUCAUCUACUGCCUACAAACAUUCCUUGGGGCCAAGUGUGGAAGACUGGUCCAGACUGGAGAAGGAAGAUGGUUCUAAAGUUCCAGUGGUCUGGAGAGUCACUGUGUUGGAGAAGGUCCUGUCUUCGCUUUGUUCCCAUCAUAGACUGCUACUCUAUCACAUUUUAAAGGACAUGCAGGAAGAUUACAACAUCUCUGUAACACUGCGGGAUGCUCACAGAAGACAGUUUAAGGCUGGAUCUCUCUGUUGCCAUGCUGAUAAAAAAUCACUUAAUGAGGCCCCAAUACUUUCAUUAAGUGACUGCUCAGUAACUGCUGGCAUUUGUUGCAGAACAGCUUGUAGGCUUCCAACAUGUGCAUUUUCUCCUCUAUGCGUCUGUCUGAGGAACAUUCAUGGCAAUUCCUGCCAAAAUACAUCUAUGGCAUGUGAUGGCCACGAUGUCUGUUCUAACCCCACUGUUUGUUGUACUCACUCAAAACUACCUUCAUGCCAACUUCAGCACAAUGGUGAUCAUACCUACAUUUCUCAUGUAAGAGGAAGUCGAAUCACCCAUCAGGGUGAUUGCAACUCUCACAAUAGAUGUAAAGGAAGCCGUAGCCCCUCCCCACCACCACUAUCACCAAAGCCAGUGGACCUGGACUGUAAAAUAGCUGUCAAGUCCAGUAUCUUACAAAUUCAGGACUGCAAGUCAUUAAACAUGGCACCUCCUUCUCUCCUACCUCACAGAACCGAGGAUGAAGAUACAGCUUUGUACUCAAACACUCCUCUUCGUGUGGGAUGUCCUGAUGAAUGUUGUGAAAAGGUUGUACUGUUGCAUACACAAGCAGAGAAGGAGAAUGACAACCAGUGUGGGGCUUUUAUAGGAGAUCUAAUGGAAAGAGUCACUGAAAAGCUCAGAAGUAUCCAACCUUCAGAGAAGGAACACAAUCUUCUCACCCAUGCCAGUCAAAUCUCCAAGACAGACGACACCCAUUUGACAGAGAUUAUAACAACUGUGCUACACAACAGUAGUGACAAAGAUUACAACCUUAAUGAGCUUUUACAACAGCAUGUAGCCACCGAACAGCGAUCCCCUCAGACACGGUCCCGUAAGAGACUGGAAACGUUAGUUGCCAUGAGCAAGUCUCCUGAUCUUCCAUCAUCAAGAAGACAAAGCUUACAAAUCAAGAGAGAUCUGGCCAGACUUAGUCCAUCAUAUUUUAAGAGAAAUAUAGGGUUUGAGAGAGAGAGGUCCUUAAAAACUGUUGAACAAUCUGAUUAUAGAAAGUUGGAUAUAAUACCCAGGACAGUGGACUCAAAGCGUGUAAAAGAUACCUUAGAAAAUUCAACCACACAUACACAAACUAAGGAGACACCGAAUAAACAAAAGAGCCAAGAAACUCAACCCCAACAUGUAUGUCUUGAAGAACCACUGCCUCUUGAUGAAAGGGCACAAUUGCAAACAACUGAUAGUGACCGGAAGGUAAAAGCAAAAACUCAUAAAGAGAAAAAUCUGACUGUUCAAGUUGGAAGAGCCAGACGAAAUAUUGUACCUCCUCAGCGUUUCUCUUCCUAUGUUACUGAGCCACGGAAAAUGUAUUUUGCAGCCUGUUUUUCAGAAAGUAUAUUCACCAAGCAUUCCCCUAAGGACAGUACCUCAACAACACUUGGCUCUACAGAAGAAAUUGCCUGGCCAAGUGAUAUACGUGACAAACAGCCUUUUCAAAAUGAGGAUAAACAAGAUGACCGUGAUGUGCCACAGAACAUAACUUCAUCAAAAGAUGAGAUCUCAUCCAAAGAAGAGCCACCGUGUGAGCACAAGGAUAAUGGAAGGAAUCCUGAUAAAGAGAGUGCAAGAAAAAGGAAACCAUGCCAGAAUUCUACUUCACCAUCAAAAAGAUCCAAACGCCAUAAGACCAACAGUCUAAACACUGACGCACACAGUCCUACUGAAACGAUGUCUAACUUUAUUACCACUGAGAGUGGACAAGAAGCUAAAGCAAGCUUGUCUGGACUGAAAUAUGAUAGUCCAAUAAAGCUCAUGUUUGUUUCCACUGUGACAGGUGAAGAUGGUGUAAAAUAUACUCUCAAAGCAGCUGCCUCAGGCUCAAAUUCCCAUGGAGAGAUGUUUGAUCCAUGUGUGGAAUCCUCAUGGGCAGGUAGUGCCAUCGAUGAACAUUUCCAGGAUUCAGUCCUUGAAUCAGCUCCAGGGAGAACUGUUGAACAUGGUGGAAACAAGUGCACUUCACCAAAAGUGGUUUCACUUGAUGCAGUAUUGCCCAGUAGUUCAAACAAUGAAGAUGAAAUCCAAGAAACACUACCAAUUGUACUUCAAACAUCUCCUGUAAAAAGGCGUCCUGGGCGCCCCAAAAAAAUAGGACCACAUAUUGUGAAGUCUGUGAAACGUCCCAUUGGCAGACCUCCAAAACCCAAAACAACAAACUCGAGUUCUUCAACUGGUAGAACCGGUUCCAGUGCAGUAAAUCAUAGGACAACAGAAAUGUCUUGUAAGGAUGAUGGAAACAAAAAUCUAAAAAUCACCAUAGUGUAUGGAAGAUCAAGAAGGGCAAAAAGAGUAGUUUCUGAAGAUCUGAGUAAUAUCCCAGAACAGCAACAUGUUUUUGAACUAUUAAAUGGUGGCACGAACAGUGAAACAUGUUCUGGAAAGACUAGUAGUAAUGAUCAAAUGACCAAGGAACUGCUUAAAGAUCACCAUUUUGUUAUCCCUAUUGAAGACAGGAAAUGUGUCUCUUCGAGCAGCAACAUCAAAUGUCAAAGACCGAGUGACACAGCAGUGUCAAGAAAACCAGGAAGACCUCCCAAAGUCAAAAUUUCUGGGAUCUCUGUCACUGUCACCACAGGGUCACCAAGGCAAAGAAAGAUACAUAUAAAAAGGGACACAAAAGAUUCACAUCUGCUCAGAAAGACUCUUCUCGUUGAAAUUCAACCUUCCAAAGAGCAGAAGACAAUCUGCAUUCCUACUGACAUUCACAAGGAUAUAGUGGAUGCACCAAAAGAACAUAGUCAGAAUACCAGAGGGCAGCUCAUACCAGUGAGGCAUUCUGUUAGAGAACGGAAACCCUCCAUUCAUUUGCUCCACUCUGUCGCUACUGCCAGAUCCUGCGCAUUGGUUCGCAGGUCAAGAAAACUACUGCUGAAUAAGGUUAGCUGUGAGUCCAGCCAGAAUAAAAAGAACAGACAAGAGCAAAAAGAGCUCUCAAGAAAUGCACUUUCCAUGAAGACCAAGAAUGUCAGUUGCAUACAAGACAUUGCUCGUUUUUCUACCAUUUCGAUGGACUCAAUUUUUUCAUCAAAUGAGGGCUUCAGGUGGUGGCCCACCUCGGCAUCACCUGAAACUUUAAAUGAAGAGUUAGCUAGGAGGAUCAGGCUAAUGUCCAACACUUGGGUAUCAGAUGUCCUUGAGGGUAACAAGUCAGGAGAGAUUAAAUCAGAUCUUAAACCAAAAACUUGUGAGAAGCUCAGAGGUUCUGCUAAAAAGUCUGCUUCUGCCAUCAAAAUGCUUUUUGAGAAAAACUAUAAUAUGGAGAAGCUCUGUACAUGGUUUAUGCAGUCCACAGAAACUCAGUCCCUUGCUAUUGUAAAGAAGGCCACUGCAAGAAAUCCCAAGGAUGUCUUUCACUACAACCUCAGCAGACCUAAUUGCAAAGGCAAUGUUUGCCCAAGUCCACAAGCAGAGAGACUCAGGAAACAUGUCAAAAAAUUUGCUAAAGUUGUCCCAAAGAGUCCGUCAAUGCACAAACAAGCACAAGAAAUGCUGUCCAAGUCAACAAGGUCACACGCCAAGAGAAAGCUUUUUAAUACAUCAUUUAAACAGAGGCAUGACGUUAGGCAGCGAACGUCUUGGUCUAGAAGCACAUGGAUUGUCUAUAGAACAGCUCUGCUUAGAGCGAGGCUAAAGUUUAAAACCAGGCCUAGGAUAACAUUAGGAGGUGAUAUGGCACACAAAGUGUUUCAUGGCCAGAUGAGGACAAGGACUCCAGGUGAUGAGACUCUAGAAUUAUGGAAAGAAAUGCAUAACUUGGUAGGUAAGACAUCCAGACCAGUCACGAAAGUUCAAAAUGCAUUAAACCUUCUAGUCAAAACUCCUCAGAAAAUGAUUGGGAUUGCCAAUAUUUCAAAGCAGAACAGAAUCAGCUCCAAAGCUUGGAGUCCAGAGUCCCUAAAGGAAUGCAGGGUGUUUCUGAAAAAGAUCAACUCCCCAAACACAAAGUCAGCGACAGAGGAAUGUAACAUUUGCACAGUAAAGCUCUAUGAUGUCUCAGAUCAAGAGGAGAAUGAGGAUGUUUUGAUGGGAGGGACACCUCCCAGUAGAGUUAACUUUCCAAUACAGCUGCACUCAUCCCCAAAAAGCCAGAGCAAGGGAGGAAGAAAAAGAGGCAAACGGAAAAGUUGGAGCACAAGUCCAUCUCCCCCAACAAAAAUGCUCAGACAAUCAAGGAGCAGCAGGGGUGUUCUAGGAGCAAGAUGGUGUGACUUUGUGCUCGGGUCAUUGAAAUAACUUGGGACCAGUUUUUGGGCAAGACAUUUUCUUGAACUAUCGUAAGGUGCCUUUCAACAGUGGUCUGGCUGAGUAUCACAAGCAUUAUGACACGCAACCUCUGCAAGCGUCAUGUAGCAAAAAAACAAACAACUUUAAGACACUUGUUGCACUAUUUAAACUUAUUUUGUGUUUCUAAAAUGUUUUAUGUACCUUUUAAAAUCUACUUUGAAUUUUAUUUUUGAUGCAGACCAUGAGAAGAUCCAGUUACAUGAAGGAGAAUCAAAGGUUACAAGAGCAUUACUUUGUUUGGUUUGCCCAAAUCUCAUGGCAGAGUUUAACAUUAAGGCAAACUUUUAUAUAAUUGUGGAGAAGACGUUUUUUUUUCUUUUUACACUUUAUAAUCUUGUGUUGUAAGAGCUCUUUAAAUGGGAUUUUUGUGAAUAUUUCAGUUUUUAAACAUUGCUUCUCUUUUUAAGUUGGGAAUAUAUUUAAGUCUUCUCUUAUGUGCUGUUAAUGUGUCAGACAAAAACUGCCCACUUAAGUACUCUCAAUGCAUUCUGGAAUUUGAAAAUGAUGGUAGUGUCAUCUCCUUUUGGGUCUCGGUUUAUCUUUUCUUAUCCUGUAUUUAUGGAAACCUCCUGUGAAUUUAGAUUCUGCCAAGUUGUGUAAAAUCAUUUAAGCAUUAAUUUACAUCCAGGUUCAUGUUCUCGUUGCACUACCAAACCCAAACUGCUACCUUUUCCGUUUUAUUCCUGACUAAAACCAUUGUUAUAAUGUGGUGUUUUUGGUGCAAUGUUUUGCUCUCAGACAAAUGUAAGAUUCUAUUUUCCUUUAAAUUAAAAGCUUUUAAGAUGAUCCAGAGGCAAAUGUUCCACAUAUUGUUUCUUAAGUACAGAAAGUUGUGCAAAUCUUAAUUUGUGAUCUAUUGCAGUAUGUGACACCUACCUCUACUGAAAUCUACUGGCAAGGCAUGGUAGAUUGAUCUAAACUGAUAAACCCUUUGUUGUAACCAUGUCAUUCAUUUAGACCUCUACCAGGAACAUUGUGUAACUGGUUAUACAGCCUGUAUGUUUAGUUAUUUAUUUAAAUACUGUGUUGUUAGCUCUAGUUUCCAUCUGCCGUUACCAGUCUGUGGCCCUGCCCCGAGUAUGUAGAAGGUUAAAAUUGCCCUAUUGUGGCGUUGAUGUCCGCUUAGUUCAUUUAUGUUCCCUGUAACAAGACUGGCUUGCAUCAGUGCAAUACAAGUUCAGUCAGUGCUACACUGAGUCCACCUUAGAUGUAUAAAACUGGUUUGUUACCUAGUUUAUUCUAUUAGAUUUAAACCAUUGUCUGGAUGCUUGUCAGCUAGAGGCGUUUGUUCUGAAACAGCUGAAAUUAUUUACAUCAUAUACAUACUCGGUGCCAACAUAGAGGUUUCCAUCAACUGCUUUAGGGCCUCAAUAACCAUUCAACCUGCUGGAGUAAUCCAAAAACUGUGGCAAAUGUAUGACAAAUGGUGCAUUAUAUCUUUAUACCUAUGCUAACCAUAUGCUGGAGUUGAGAAUUGUCAGAAGGCCUACUGUAUACCAUCUUAUGUUCAGAGUUGCCAUUUUGAAAUUUUGGCCACUGUAAACUUGUUACCUGGUGCUAUAUGUUGUACAUAAACAUGCAAAUUAUGUACACACAUUGUAUUUUCUGUUUUUAUACUUGCCUUCAAAGUCGUCCUCUCAAUCGUUAGAACAAUAAAAGCUCUUGCAAGCAGA